UCCCACCAACCUAUGUCUUCCCCACUGUUUGUUACCCACUCACACACGGCUGAGCAACUCAACAGCUUUUUCUUCCCCACCACCGCCUCACCCAAGUGAACUAAAAAUAGAAGUAGAUUUCCUCUUCAUUUCUUGACUCUAUCGAAACCAGAGGGUCUUCAUCGGAAAAACAAAUGCCUAACCCAUUGAGAAGAAAGUCUGGUUCUAGUUUAUCAGGUUCUAAUAACAACGCCUCUUUUGAGGAAGGUUCUAAUUCUAAUAAUGGUGGUGAGAAAUUGAGUGCCGCUAAGUACAGAGCAAUUUUACUCAAGAACCAAGGAAGAGAAGGGGAUGAGAGAUCAGAUAAGAAGAAGCUGAUAGUGGACAAUGAUUUGGCUCCAGGGUUCAAGGGAAAAGUAGGAGAUGGUAGUAGGUCCAUGAAAAUUGAGCAUAAUGGUGGUCAUUUCAGUGAAAGUAAGCUUAUUAACGAUGUUCAGCGGUAUGGGAAAAUUGGGGAUGGAAGGAAAAACUUGGAAAUGUCUGUCUCUAUGGAAGAGGGAGAGAGUACAGUGCCUCUGGAACCAGAAGAUGAUGGAGGGAAGCUAAAUGUCAAGGUUUGUGGAGGAGGAGCAGGAAUCAGUGAAGACUGUUCCAAGGAUAUACGACCCAAGGAUGCAGUGUUGAUGGCGGAAACGGGAAGCAAUGAUAAUGUUUGUGUCAUCCGCAAGCUUGGUGAAAAUACUGGAAAGCUCUUGGGAUCCAACGGCAAGAGUUUCACAAAUAACUAUCAUCACGAAUGUGCUGAUCCGCCCCUGAAGGAUGUACCACCUGGUGAUUGGCAUUGUGUCUGUUAUGUUAAGAAGAACAUAGAGUCAGGUGUUCUUUUUUGCCCUGGAGCAGUAAAAUCCAAUUUGGACGAUGUACAAGUGGAAUUGGCAGAUUCCACUAGUGUGGAUGCUACUAAAAACAGUUUAUGCAAUAACAAUGAUUCUAAUGACAAUGUUGAGAAGCUGAAGGAGAGGCUUGUACGUGUCGUUGCGUCAGAUUCCAAGUUUGUCGAAUACUGGGUUCCUGUUAAGCUUUCCAAUGUCCAGCUUGAGCAGUAUUGUGGUAUCCUACUUUCUAAUUCAGCGUUACUUCGUUCAUCUUCAAAAAAAUAUAUUGUUUCUGAGGCUCUCUGUAAUGUUCUUAGUUCUGCCAGGAAGUGUUGCAACCAUCCAUAUUUUGUGAACCCUUCUUUGCAGAAAGUGCUCACAGAUGGUCUGUCAGAGGCCGAGUAUUUGAAUGCCGGAGUAAAAGCAAGUGGCAAAUUACAAGUACUUGAUAAGAUCCUUUCAGAGACAAAAAAGCAAGGCUUAAGAGUACUGAUCAUUUUUCAGUCAAAUGUUGGCUCCAGUGGAAUCUCUCUAGGAGAUGUCUUGGAUGAUGUUGUGCUUCAGAGAUGUGGUGUGGAUUCCUACGAACGUGUUGAUCGCGGAUUCGUUGUAUCAGAUGAGGAAUUCGCCAAUCAGAAGCAAUAUGCCAUGAACAAGUUCAAUGAUAAGGAAAAAGGGAGAAUUGUGUUUUUACUAGAUCAGCGUGCUUGCCUCCCAAGCAUUAAGCUAUCAUCAGUUGAUAUGGUAAUUCUAUAUGACAGCGAUUUGAACCCGUACAAUGAUUUGAAAGUUCUGCAGAAGAUCACUAUUGUCUCGCAGCAUGAGCAGUUAAAAGUGUUCCGGUUAUAUUCAGUGUAUACUGUUGAGGAAAUGUUUCUAAUUCAUGCUAAGCAAGGUCUGACAGUUGAUGCACAGAACUUAAACCGUUCCACGAUCCAUCAGUUGCUUAGAUGGGGUGCUUCAUAUUUAUUCAAAGAAUUGGACGAGUUCCAUGGUUCCUCCACAUCCUCCGAUCCAAAAUUUUCUUCUGAGCAUUUGGUGAAAGAAUUACUUGGUCAGCUGCCUCUGGAUGCUGGAAGCACUAUUCCAAUCAAUUCCUCAAAAGUUAAUCAAACAGGAGGGACAUAUUCUAGAGAUAUAUCUUUACCUGGUGAGCUGGAGAUGCAGUCGGUUGACGAAGAUCUGCCAGAUCAUGUCUUCUGGACAAAAUUACUGAAUAGGAAGACCCCAGAGUGGAGAUAUUUGCCUGCUGCAUCUUCACCCUUGAAGAACCGUAAACGAGUUAAGUACUUUGACAAUGAUGAUGUCACGAAGAAGAAACCGAAUGGUUUUACCGGUAUCACAGAUGCGGGAGGUCAAACACCUGUUGUAGAAGAUAGAAGAGAAGGCGGUGGUCUCAACAAAGAAGGUAAAAGGAUAGAUGAUACCAAUGAGCAGGACCAAGUAGGGUUAGUACUUAAUUCAGCUCCACCGCCAAGCAUCAUCCUCCAGUUGGGACGUAACAAUUCCCACCAGGCUGAAUUUCCAACACAGCCAGAUACAACUGCCAACCAUUUUGAGUUGCCUACUUACAAUGAUGCUUUGCAAGAUACAAUGCUGCAGCAAUCUAUGCUUAUAGACAGAUGUACACGUGUAACAGAUUUCAGAAGCUUGGGGGUUGUUCCGGACUGCAUUAGUCACCAUCCUUUACAUAUUGCUCAAUUGACUUAUGCUCGGGCUUCUCAGACUCUGCUCCAAGGUGACCCUCUUUUAAAUGAAUUGGUUAGAAUUCGCCAAGAGUGGGAGAAAGCUGUAAAGUUCCACCAAGAAUCGAGAAUGCGGAUCAGAUUUGAUUAUCACAAGGAGGUGCAAGAGAUCUAUAAAAAGUAUAGCAAGCUUCAUUAUGAUAAUGAUACUGCAUUAGCUCGGACAAAGAAUGCAAUUGAUACAAAUUAUAACAAAGUCGCCAUUAAUAUGAUGUUAGCCAAGUGUUUAAGGGACAAAUGGCUAUGACACUACCAGGGCUGCUGCUCUCCAGAAUUCUGUAAGUCUGUGUAAAAGAGUCUUUUUGUAGAGAACUGAGUAAUUACAAAUCCUCUCAACUCAGAUAGGGAGUAAUUACAUGCACAUAGAUAGGUAUACAUGUACUAGUUAACAGUAUAUGAAAUGAUUGUUAUCAGGUAAAAAUUUAUUAUAUCGGUUCCAUUUUGAUGACUAAAACUCAAUUAUUUGAA